CUAGACCUGCUCUAUUUGAAAAGUGUCCUGAGAUAACUUCUGUUAUGAAUUGGCGCUAUACAAAUAAAAUUGAAUUGAAUUGAAUUGAAUUGAAUUAAUAAUAAUAAAGUACAGUGAUCCUUCCCGCCCGCAUGUUCUAACUGAUCUCAGAGCAGCUCUGUGAGUUUUAUAAUCUGCUGUAAUCUCAGUUAAUCCGCCCCUCCCCCCCGCUCUGUGUCCCGGUUCGGCUCUGUCCCCCUUCAGUCUCUGACCUGCAGGGAUGAGGGCUGCAGCUCCAGGUGGAUUCCUGGUGCUGCCGUGGUCCGGUGGGGGCAGCAGCUCAGACCCAGAGCAGGAACCGGGACCGGGAGAGGAGGGUCGGGGGGGUCUGCUGCUGAGGACUGGAGCUCUGCUGGGACUCACUGUGAUCUGUGUGGCGGUGUUGAGGAGGUGGAUUGCAGGUGGAGUGUGUCGCUGUUCAGUCCGUCUGGAUGGACAGACAGUCCUGAUCACUGGAGCAAACACCGGCAUCGGCAAAGAGACGAGCAGAGAGCUGGCAGCCAGAGGCGCCCGGGUGGUGAUGGCGUGCAGGGACCUGACCCGGGCGGAGCAGGCGGCGGAGGAGAUCCGGCGGUCGACAGGAAACGGUAACGUGGUGAUCAGACACCUGGACCUGGCCUCGGUCUACUCCGUCAGGCAGUUCGCUAAAGACUUCCUGGACAGUGAGGACAGACUGGACAUCCUCAUCAACAACGCAGGAGUGAUGAUGUGUCCAAGAUGGCUGACAGAGGACGGGUUCGAGACUCAGCUGGCCGUCAAUCACCUGGGUCACUUCCUGUUAACCAACCUGCUGCUGCCGAGGCUGAAGAGCUCCGCCCCCAGCCGAGUGGUCACCGUGUCAUCCAUCGCCCACCGCGGCGGUCGCAUCGACCUGGACGACCCGUUCUUCAUCAGGAGGCCGUACAGUCCGCUGGAGAGCUACAGACAGAGCAAACUGGCCAACGUCCUGUUCACCAGAGAGCUCGCCAGACGACUGAGAGGCUCCGGCGUGUCGUCGUUCUGUCUCCACCCGGGUGUGAUCCGGACCGAACUGGGUCGGCACGUUGAGGGCUGGUUCCCAUUCCUGAGGGCGCUGCUGAGCCUCCCCUCCCUGCUGUUCAUGAAGACCCCCAGCCAGGGCAGUCAGACCACCGUGUACUGCGCCGUGACGCCGGGCCUGGAGGGACGGUCCGGACGGUACUUCAGCGACUGUGCAGAGAAGGAAGCGGCUCCAGAGGGACAGGACGACGAGGUGGCGAGGAGGCUGUGGGAGGAGAGCGCCCGAUUGGUCGGAUUAAAAGACACAUGCUGACCUCUGACUUCCUGUCUGUGUGCUGCAGUGAAACAGGAAGUGACUGUAGCGCCCCCUUCAGGUGGGACAGAAGAAUCAGUGAACAACUUGCUGUGAUUGACAGCUGACGGGAGCCAACAGUAAAAUGAUAAUCAAUAAUCUAAUACAGCUUUAUGUCAUCAGUAAAACAAACAUUAAGUCUGUGUUUUAUUCAUAAUUCAAUCAUUUUAUAAGAUGAAAUGUCACAAUUGAACAUUAAAAUUAAAUUAAAUUACAUUUAAAUGUAUUUUAUUAUUUAAUGAAAAUAGAAACUUGUUGUAAGAAACGUAUGAACUAGAGGUUACUGCUGAGUAUUAUUUAUGUUUGGUUUUGUAGUGUGAAGACAACAUUGUGGAUCCAAAUAAAGAAUAUUGAUACAACAUGAA